UGAUCAUAAUUUUAUCUACAAUAACUCCAUAGUAAUAAUACCUAUGACAUUAUGAGCCAGUUUAGUAACACUGGUAAACUCGGCCGAAAUUGAGGAAAGUCUGACUAAAACAAUUGAAUUGACUGAAUUUGUUAAAUACGGAAAAAUACAUUUAAAAUAUACAGAGUAUUUUAUAAAUUAAAAAUUAAAAAAUAUUUAAUAUGAUUUUCUACGGUAACUUCACACAAUUUAUUCAGAAAAAUAAUUACAACCUUAUCACAUGAAAUCGAGAAUUACUUCCUUUAUGCCCAACCUUAAUUUUUCUGAUUUGAAACAUUUGUGCAGUAUUCAUGAAUGGGAUGGCGUGCAAAGACCCAAAACUUGCAACCGUAGACGAUUUCUUCACUUCGGGUUUGAAUACGGCUUCGCGUCCGCGGGCCGGACUCCCCGGGUGGAAUUACAGCGCCGCCAGUGUGGAGGAAAUACCCGGGCUGAACACGCUCGGGCUCGCCAUGAUCCGUAACGAAUUCGCGGUGAAUUUCGCCAUUCCGCCCCACUUUCACUUGCGAGCAACCGAGAUGUCCCUCGUUUUACAAGGUCGGGUCUUCUUCGGGUUUGUAACCGUUGACCCAAUUGACAGCGCCAAAAGCCGCGUCUUUGCAAGAAAUUACAGUGCUGGAGAUGUAUUCGUUAUACCCCAAAGCCUUGUCCAUUUCGGGAAAAAUAUUGGCCAGGGAAAGGCGACGACCAUUUCAAUGUUCAGCAGCCAGAAUCCUGGUCUGAAAAUCAUACCAGCCCAGCUCUUUGGAAAGGACUCAACAAUCCCGGUGGAUGUGUUGUCCCAAUCAUUCCGAGUUUCUCAUGAAGUAAUUCAACAGAUUAGAUCACAUUUCUGAUGAUCUUCUCAUGCUUACGAAGAAUAAUCGACAAAUAAAAAUGUUUACGGAGUACUUCGUAUAAUAUUGGGCGUACAAUAAUUG